GAGAGCGCUUCUAAUACACGUGAUAGCCAAAUAGUUGACUCACAGAAUGAGGAUGUUCCUGAGUUUGAUCUUCGUCCUUUUUUGGCCGUACGGCUUAGAAAGCCAAGUUUAGAUGCUGUGGUACCACUCAAAAGCGGCGAGUUUAAAGACCCAUCAGCUCUCGGAGAGAGUGCACAGACACCACCUGAUAAAUCGUCUAUUUCUUGUGUAACCAUUGCGGUACCGCCACCCCCAACCACACAGAGCUGUACGGCACCAAAUAGUACACGUAAAAUUUCUACAAGCUCCACAGUAACGGAAAAAAAUAAUACCGAUAGCGAGGCCGUACGGCAGAAGAGUUAUAUAGAUAGCUCGAUACAAAAUAUGGAGCAGACAAAAUCUGACUCGCAGAUUUCUAUACCGUACGGCGGAGGGAUAGAGAUGACUCCUAUUGUCAGUGACAAAAUGUCCUUUGCAUGUGGCACCACGGAGAUAAAUGAAAUUUGGAAUGCGCAGCCGUACGGCGCAGACUCUGACAAUGAUGAUUUGUUAGACGAAAUGGAAGAAACCUCGGAAUACAAUAGUGAUUCCGGUGACGAUUUGCCAAAUCUAAAUAUAGAUAGACGACGAAUUUGGCAGCGGUACCGCAGAAAAUAUAAAUAUCUUAAUCGUGCUGACUGUCCUAAGAGCGAAUGCCUUUAUGCCUCGGAAAUGGUUCAACCAGAAGGAUGGAUUAUCCGACAAGAAUAUCCACAUUGUUAUAGAUAUUUUCACAAUUUGAUUGAGUUCGAGAAAUGGCACGAAUUAAUUCCUGAAAAUCAACGUACAUUUCACGAGGUUAUUAGAGCGGGACAGUCACAAAAAAUCAAGAUUGAUAUAGAUGGUGAAUUGGCUAAAUUUGCGUCAUAUCCUGAUCCACUAGCACGACUAGAGGCCGCUCCUAGACCGAAGACAUUCGAUGGUAUCAUCACCAAUGAACGUUUCCAUCAAUGGCAAAAAUCAACAGAAAUUUUGCGUAAAAAGGAUGAGAUUAGUUUGUACAUUAAAAAUGCGCUACAGAUUGCUAUAAAGGAAAUAACCGGAUCAGAUCUUUCAAUGGAUGAUAUUUUAUUAGCCGAUUCUUCGAACGAGAGUAAGUGGAGUCAACACUUAAUAUUACCACAUUACUUCGUCCGUGGUGCAUACAAGGCUCGGAAAUUUACGGCUCGGAUUUUAGAACUUGUUCCACAAAGAAUGCAUUCUUUUAUUGACGAUAAAGUAAAUAAGAAUAUCCAUUGCUUCCGAUUAGCAGGGAGUCACAAAGCUGAAGAUCCUUUACGCAUUAAGCGUAUACGUUCAAAUCAUACCUGGAGAGAAUCUCUAAUUACGCUUAUUGAUAACGAUUCUACGGAACUUUGGCCAUAUGAAUGGGAAGAAGAUAAAAAGCUGAAAAAUGAGUCUGUCUCACGUGAAAAGAGUGAUACUGCGAUAAAAAUA